CCCAUUCAAAUGCACCACCCACACUCUACUCCUUCUCCUCCUCAACCUCCAUCGCCGUCAUUGCCACCAUGGGCAUCGUCUUCGGCAAGCUCCACCGCUGCUGCUGCCCCACCUCCUACAUUCCCCGUCCUCCACUCCGCCACGUCCUCACCGGCUGUUCCACAGCCUCGGCCGCCGUCCCCUCCGCCGGUCUCUCUCUCCUCUACUCCCCCUUCACCGUCCCUGGCUUCUACCCCUACAAGUCUGACCACAAGAACGAGGACCGCUUCGUUGUCAGCACCAACCUCCAAGGCCGCCCUGACGCCCAUCUAUUCGCCGUCUUCGACGGCCAUGGACGGUUCGGCGCCCAGUGCUCCGCCUUCGUCAGCGAUCGCCUCGUUGAAGUCCUCAAUGCCGAUGUUAAUCUCUUCCAAGACCUUGUGAAGGGCUUCGAGUCUGCUUUCCGAGUUACCAACUCUGAUCUCCGCCAGAGUGCGAUCGAUGACACGAUGAGCGGGACGACGGCGAUCGUCGUCCUUGUCUUUGGCGAUAGCAUGUAUGUCGCCAACGUGGGGGAUUCUAGGGCUGUGGCGGGGGUUCGGAGAGGGACAUCAGUGGAAGCACAGAACCUCUCUAGCGAUCAAAAGCCACUUAGGAAGGAUGAGUAUGAGAGGGUUCAGAAGUGCGGCGCUAGGGUUUUGAGUUUGGAUCAAUUGGAAGGGAUUAAGGAUCCCAAGUUGCAGAAAUGGGAUGAAUUUGAUCCCCCAAGGCUGUGGUUGCCGAAUGAGCAGUAUCCGGGGACGGCAUUCACUCGGAGUGUCGGGGAUUCCGUGGCCGAGAGUAUUGGGGUUAGUGCUGAGCCUGAGGUCUUGGUAAUGAAGAUCUCGCCAGAACAUAUCUUCUUCGUUGUUGCCAGUGAUGGCGUUUUCGAAUUCCUUUCGAGUCAAGAUGUGGUUGAAAUGGCGGCCAAGUUUGCCGAUCCUCAAGAUGCCUGCUCAGCAAUCGCUGCAGAAUCCUACAGGAGAUGGUUAACAAAUGAUACCCGCACAGAUGACAUAACCAUCAUUGUUGUCCACAUUGAAGGCUUGCACAAUUCUAGUGCUGAUGCAGUCGAGGGAACAAGUCGAAGAAGCUGCGAAAGGUCUUCAGUGAUUUCAGACAUAAAGAGAGAAGAAAGACCUAAUACUAGACAUUUAUAACAUUGUUAUACAGGAUAACAGACCAAUUAAAUGUGGCCUUACUGCAAUAACUGAAAGUUAGCUGAG